CUCUCUAUACUAGAGGGAGAAAAUGAAAGAAGGGGGUCGUGGCAUAGUUUCACGUAGCUAUGUCCCACCUUGUACCAUUCACUUAUUGGCAAUCCUACCUUUUAUGAGUCCCCUCCCUCCAUUUUCUUAAUCCUACACGUGGUCUCCUCCUCCUACAUGUCUCACUUCAACCUCCAUCCCUUCCUCCCUCCUCCCCCCACUAUAUAUACUCCCAUAUCUCACUCCCCACUCUCCCCAACUCACUCCCUUACAUACACCACCUCCUCUCCUACAAUUUUCAAAAUCAAAACACUCAUACACACCUCUCAAUUCAAACCAAUUUCUACUACUUCCUUCAACAUCUCUCCAUCACAAGCUUACACAACUACUUACUUCAACCUCAACAACCUCUCUUUCAAAAUUAGAAACAAAAACCAUUCACCAUGGCAUCAUCAGCAGCAGCAACAACAACAACAAACACUUGGAUCAAAACCACACUCCCUUCUCCUCCUACAACCUUAAAGAAAAGGUUUCCUUGCAAUUCCAAUUCCAAUUCCAACUCCAACGCCAUCACAUGUUCUCUUCAAACACUCCACUUCCCCAAAAAGUACCAACCAACCUCCACAACCACAACCACAACAACAACAACCACUCCAGCAAGAGAAACCAAACCAGUAAUCGCUUCUCCCUCCGAAACAAAACACCCAUUACCUCAAAGUUGGAACUUUCUCCAGAAAGCAGCGGCUUCAGCCUUAGACAUGGUCGAAACAGCCUUAGUCUCCCACGAACGCAAACACCCACUCCCCAAAACCGCCGACCCACGUGUCCAAAUCGCUGGCAACUUCGCCCCCGUGCCGGAGCACCCGGCGCAGCACUCCCUUCCGGUGGCCGGAAAAAUCCCCAAAUGCAUUGAGGGCGUCUACGUCCGCAACGGCGCGAACCCGCUCUACGAGCCCGUCGCUGGGCACCACUUCUUCGACGGAGACGGCAUGGUCCACGCCGUCAAAUUCCACUCCGGCGCCGCCAGCUACGCCUGCCGCUUCACCGAAACCCAGCGCUUAGCCCAAGAAAAAACCCUCGGGCGGCCAGUGUUCCCCAAAGCCAUCGGCGAGCUCCACGGCCACUCCGGCAUCGCGCGCCUCCUCCUCUUCUACGCGCGCUCCCUCUUCGGCCUCGUUGAUGGGUCCCACGGCAUGGGCGUCGCCAACGCCGGCCUGGUCUACUUCAACAACCACCUCCUCGCCAUGUCCGAAGACGACUUACCCUACCAUCUCCGACUCACCCCCAACGGCGACUUAACCACCGUCGGCCGUUACAACUUUAACGGCCAAUUGAAAUCCACAAUGAUCGCUCACCCCAAAGUCGACCCCGUCACCAACGACCUCCACGCGCUCUCCUACGACGUCGUCCAGAAGCCUUACCUCAAAUACUUCCGCUUCUCCCCAAACGGCGUCAAAUCCCCCGACGUCGAAAUCCCUUUGAAAGAACCCACCAUGAUGCACGAUUUCGCAAUAACAGAAAACUUCGUCGUCAUCCCCGACCAGCAAGUGGUUUUCAAACUUUCCGAAAUGAUCUCCGGUGGCUCCCCCGUUGUAUACGAUAAGAAUAAGGUUUCGAGAUUUGGGAUUCUGAACAAGAAUGCUAAAGACCCCAAUGGGAUGAAAUGGAUCGAUGCUCCUGAAUGUUUCUGCUUCCAUCUCUGGAACGCUUGGGAGGAACCCGAAAACGACGAGAUUGUUGUGAUCGGUUCCUGCAUGACCCCCGCAGACUCCAUUUUCAACGAAUGCGAUGAGAGUUUGAAGAGCGUCUUGUCUGAGAUAAGGCUGAAUUUGAAGACCGGAAAGUCUACAAGAAAACCCAUUAUCUCCGAAUCCCAACAGGUCAACUUGGAAGCCGGCAUGGUCAACAGAAACAAGCUCGGACGAAAGACCCAGUUUGCGUACUUAGCACUUGCCGAGCCAUGGCCUAAGGUUUCAGGUUUCGCUAAAGUUGAUUUGUUCAGUGGGGAAGUGAACAAGUACAUGUAUGGGGAAGAGAGGUUCGGUGGGGAGCCUCUGUUUCUUCCAAAUGGUGUUGACGGUGAUGAAGAUGAUGGCUAUAUUCUCGCAUUCGUGCAUGAUGAGAAGGAAUGGAAAUCGGAGCUGCAGAUUGUGAAUGCCAAAACUUUGAAGCUUGAGGCUUCCGUUAAGCUUCCUUCUAGAGUUCCUUAUGGGUUUCACGGCACUUUUAUUCAUUCAAAUGAUUUGAGGAAACAAGCUUGAAUUGGUGACGGUAAAUAAGUGAGUUUUUCACUUUCUGAGGAGAGGUUUAACUGUGGGAUGCUUGCAGAUACGCCCCCGGAAUCUACUCCUCUUCAGUUUCUGUUGCAGAUUUUUACUUUUCUUCAUUUUUUUCACUUUGGGAGUGAGAGGUUUUGGGGACCAGCUUGUAGCUUUUGGGGUGUAGUUAGCAAUGAAGCUCAGCUGGUCUCUGUUUUUCUUUCGCUUGAUGUGCAUGUAAAGUAUAAGAGAAAAAAAAAAGGGUACAUUUAUAUAUAUCACAGUAUAGAAUGUGAUAUACUAUGAUAUGAUGUGGUUACGGUUUACUGUAAACUUCUGUUGUAAAUAUCAGAAAUAAUUAAUGAUACUUAUUUCACUAUUUUUAUAA